CUUCCAGGCGGCCUGUAUCUCUUCUUUCCCCCUCCUCCCCCUCCCUGCAGCUCAGGAUGAGCUCAUCCCUCUCUCGUCCCUCGGGGAGAGGGGCGGGCGGCCGCGGAGCGGAAGUGACGCCAUCAGGUGUCGCUCCGCUGUUGCCGUGUCUUCUUUCUGGUCGGCGCAGCCCGGUUCUUCCCCUGCCCUUACCUCGCUCCUUCUCCCUGGUACCUGGCUCCUGUUCCGGCCUUCCAUCCUUACACCUAUCCCUCCAGCUCUUCUUCCUCCUUUUCCCCCAGUCCCAGCCCUGCGCCGCUUGCCAUGACGGCGCCUGGAGGAGCCGGCGGCGAGUUCGGCAACCCGCUGCGCAAGUUCAAGUUGGUUUUCCUGGGCGAGCAGAGCGGAGUAAAAGCUGCCAGGAUCCCUCCUCAAGUAAAGAGCUGUUUGGAAAAACAUCCCUGAUCACCAGAUUUAUGUAUGACAGUUUUGACAACACGUACCAGGCAACUAUUGGAAUUGAUUUCCUCUCAAAGACUAUGUAUUUAGAAGAUCGCACGCUAGUUCCAGUUUCUGCUUUACAUAGCUCCCAAGAGGAAGGGCUGCAGGUCCGACUUCAGCUUUGGGACACAGCAGGCCAGGAGCGGUUCCGUAGCCUCAUUCCCAGCUACAUCCGUGACUCAACUAUUGCAGUGGUAGUCUAUGACAUUACAAAUCUGAAUUCCUUCCAGCAAACCUCCAAAUGGAUUGAUGAUGUGCGAACAGAAAGAGGAAGUGAUGUCAUCAUUAUGCUGGUGGGGAAUAAAACUGACCUUGCAGACAAGAGGCAAAUUACUACAGAAGAAGGCGAACAGAGAGCCAAAGAACUGAGUGUGAUGUUCAUUGAGACCAGCGCAAAGACUGGCUAUAAUGUGAAACAGCUCUUCCGCCGUGUGGCUGCUGCCUUACCUGGGAUGGACAGCACUCCAGAGAAAAGCAAAGAUGACAUGAUUGACAUCAAACUAGAGAAACCUCCUGAGCAGCCAGUAACAGAGAGUGGCUGCUCCUGCUAAAGGAUCUGUUGCGUUGCAACCUCUUCCCAACUGCCCAGCCCCAUCUCGCCGAAGAACAUCACUUUUCAUUGACUAGAGAAACUUCGACUUUUUGAGGGCUGAAACCUCAGUCUAAUAAACUAUCGAGCCCCCUGCCCUGUAGACGGCCCCGGCUGCUCCCUCCUACUGCAUGUUGUGAACCCUCAAGUGUGUCCUGUCCCAUGUUGGUUGUUGCACUUUGAGUGCCCUGGCACUCAUCUUCUAGGUUUCCUGUCUCGGGCGUGUUCACCUUUCUGUGUCGUCCUAUGAAUGCAAAGGGGCAGAGCUUUUCUCAAUUUAGGAAAGCAUGGAUAAACCUACAGCAAAGGACCUAGUGGGGCUGGGUCAUCCCUUACUUACUUCCUGUUGCUUUUUAUCCAUCCCCUUUCCAGAGGUUGCUCCUUCAGUUUGCCUGCUGUUGCAGCAUAUAUAUGAGGAUGGGGGAAGCAAUGGGUGUACUCC